CAGGCGGCGGGCGCCCAGCCAGCCCACUGCCAAAGGCCCAUUCCCAUUUUCCACUGCCAAUCGCUCAAGGCCCAAGCCCAAACUACAAUUAGAAUUGUUCUCUGAAAAAAAUAUAACUCUAAAGUAAAACCCUAGAUACUGGAGAGAGGCUCACAUCCGCGCAGGCGGCGCAGCUUGAGGGAGGAGUGGGACUUCACCUUUCAGUGCUUCACCGGACUCCACACUCUAGUUCGCCUUCGCCUUCGCCUUCGGGGUUUUGAGGCCUGAGGCUUAGCCAGUAGCCACCGAAGAGAGCUUCGGUUCGGUUGUUCGGUGUUCGCGACUUCGGGCCGAUCUUCUUCAACGGCCCGGCAGGUCUCCAUCUCCCACCGAACGUUAACUCGGCCGACCGCCGACCGCCAGUCGCCAGACCGCAGGUCCGCAGCCGCCGCACCAUUAUUCCGGCGAGGUAAGCCAUGGUUAAGCAUAACAAUGUUGUGCCAAAUGGACACUUCAAGAAGCACUGGCAGAACUAUGUCAAAACUUGGUUUAACCAGCCUGCCCGCAAAACAAGAAGGCGGUUAGCUAGGCAGAAGAAGGCUGCGAAGACAUUCCCACAGCCCACAGCAGGACCACUUCGACCUAUUGUCCAUGGGCAAACUCUGAAGUAUAACAUGAAAGUUAGGGCUGGCCGGGGAUUUUCUCUUGAAGAGCUUAAGACGGCAGGCUUUUCGAAAAAACUUGCUCGAACUAUUGGUAUUGCUGUUGAUCAUCGUCGCAAGAAUCGUUCUCUUGAAGGCCUACAAGCUAAUGUGCAGAGGCUAAAGACAUAUAAGGCUAAGCUGGUUGUCUUCCCAAGACGUGCAAGAAAAGUCAAGGCUGGUGAUUCCACUCCUGAGGAACUUGCAACAGCCACACAGGUCCAAGGUCCUUACAUGCCCAUUGCAAGGGAGCAGCCCACUGUUGAGCUUGUGAAAGUUACAAAUGAGAUGAAAUCAUUUAAUGCCUAUGCCAAGUUGCGCCUUGAGCGGACGAAUCAGCGCCAUGUUGGUGUCAGGAUGAAGAGGGCUGCUGAAGCGGAGAAGGAAGAUAAGAAAUAGACUAUGUGAGGGAAGAGCCAGUGAUUUCAGUCACUGGGCAGAAAUCCUCAAAUUUUGGCGAAUGUGGGUACUGAGUCUGAUCAUUUUUAUUACCUAUGAUGCCAAAACUUUCUGUUUUGAGUUUCUAGUAGGUUUUAUAGGCAACUGUUGUCUUUAUCCUUGGUCCCGAAUUGCUUUGAUUAUGUUCUGCUAAUUUCCUUUCUCAUUGAUUUAUUUAGUAGAACAACUGUUGUGCCUGUUUUGAGAACUUGGUGUAAUUUUAAUGUUUUGAGUAAGCCUUAUGAGGUAUGUUGGUUGGUCGUGGUGAUUCUUUCUGUGCCUAAAGACAGGUUGAAAAAGCAGAAGCAGAUGCAGAAUGGCCAUUUUUUGGUCUCUGGGAGUUCCCAGUCUUGUAGCCUUUGAGGCAGAUACUAUAUAAUGCAGAGUUACUUGAAUACUUGCAA